AUGGCAGCGGUGGCGGUGAAUCUGACCGGCUUGGAGGUGACGCCCUCUCUUCCCUCAUCAUUACUAAUUGAAAUCCAAUGGAUUGGGCCAACACGAGAGCUCAUCAGGAGGUCGGCAACCGUCAAGUUGAGGGCGGCCAAUGUGGAAAUCGUGCACGUGCGAACCUUGGACACGGAUGUGUCAGGGGUGGCGUUUGGUGUGUCAGCCAUCGCCACAGACCUCCAAGGUGGCCCAAUAGAUGGACCUGUUUCCAUUAGCCUUGUGGACAUUCGCAAGGAUAUCAAACAGCAAGUGGAGCGCACAGGUCACGAUGUAUUGCAAGCGGUGGCAAAGGAGCCCUUGAAUGGCAAAGUGCUGAAGACCUGUGAAUCAAGUUCGGAUAAAGGAGAUGAAUGCAGGUUCCAGUUGGAGGAUAUGGGCAGAUUUGCUCUUGAGUCCUGUGUCGAGGACAAGGAUGGAAACAGGGCGUGUUUCCGCACUUUCCUGGGAAAGAACAAGACCGAGUGGAAAGAAAAUCCAUGGGGAGAUUUUAUCGACAUCAAGCUGCUGCGGGUGAGCGACGGCGUGGUGAAAGUGGGCGACACGGUAGAAUUCCAAAUCGAGAACAUUUACAAGGACGCCAGCGCACUUGUGAUGUGGGGGAGCUCCCUUGGUCUUGACAAGAAGGUCAUUCCAUUGCCAGACAAGCAGCUGGCGAGCAUAUCCGUUCCAGUCGACGAGACUUGCGCUGCUGGGUGUUCAGCGCUUGUCCACAUCAACGUUCCAAGGCAAGAGGAAGUGGAUGUCAACCCCCAUGGCAUCCCAUCCACCAUCUACUAUGACCCAGCCAUGCCGCGGACAGUGACACUUCAGGAAGAAAUCAGAGUUGGACAGGAUCGCAUUGUGGGCGUUGAACUCUUGUUCCCUGACUUGGAGAUUCCCCCCGGCGAAGACACCCCUAUCAUGGCGCCCCAGGAUGCCACUCCCAUUUCUGUCUCAGUUGGACCCUGCCCAGGGGCAGAAGAACCCCUGUCGUGCAACUUGAGUGACGGGGAAGAUGUCGAGUUCACAGUGGUGGCAGUCGACAAGGCGGUCUUGGAACUUGUGCCCUACGAGCUUAAGGACAUGGCCCUGGAUUUUGUGUUCCACCUCGCCCUGAGUUUUGACGUGGUUUCUUCCUCGGAGUACUUGCACGCACCAGGGGCAAUAACGGCACUCGUCAAGAGAUUCAUGAAGGAGCAGGAAGACAACCCUUGGGCCGUUAUAGAUAAUUUGAUCCACGUCCCUGGGUACACCCCGCGAACGGGCUCCGGUCCCUUGAUUGUUCCGUUGUCCCUGGGGAGCGACGACGAGGGAACCAACAGCACUGGCCCCAGCGCGAAACCGCGGGCGAGGUCAUUUACAGCACCUCCACAAAACGCCGAGCCAUCGACUCCACUGCCAUCUGCUUUGCCUGAGGAAGCCAUUCGCAGCCAGGCGGACUUUACGGCCAUUCCCCUUUUCACGACAAUCGGUCCAGUCAAGGGGGGAUUCGGGACGGUGGAUUUCACCGCCCCUGACAACAUUGGCACAUUUGUUGUGAGGGCGUAUGCUGGAACAGACAAGGGUCGUUUUGGAAGCACAGAGGCAGAGGUGAUCGUGCGCAGAAGGCUGUCUCUCACGCCUUCGUCGCCUCGCGUCGUGAGAGUGGGUGACAAGUUUGAGGCCGGCGUCAUUGUUACCGUGUCUGGUGAAUCGGCAUCUGAUGUGCCGGUGACGGUGGACCUGAAAAUUGAGGACGGUUCUGGGGAUUUUCUUUCCGUUGCCGGGGAGUCUCAGAUGGAGGCUGUCACAGAUGUUGAUGGCCAGGUGGAGGUUCGGUUCGUGUUAGAAGCGUUGGCUUUGGGGGAGGCGGCGAUUUUUAUCAGCGCAGAUGGCGGAAAGGGAUACAAGGAUGCCCUUCGCUUGACGGUGCCAGUGCUUGGGCUGCAAGAUGCCGUGGCAGUCGCGACGUCUUUUGCCAUCCAAGCAACAGAAGGCGAGGGGGCCACUGCCGUGGAAGGGCUGGAACUGCCCAAUGCUUUGCCCGGCGCAGGCAGCAUCGAGCUUCUUGCAGGAGUGGGAAGAUUGCCUGCCGUUCUGGGCCACGCCCGCCAGAUCAUGGAGGCUGAUGUCAAGCACAGCUGCCCCAACGACGGCUCCCUCGAGCUUGCCCAUUCCGGGGUGCCUUCGGUCCUCCAGAUGUAUCGCCUUUACACCCCGGACGACGGCGAAGAGCUGGACCCCGCCGCCGAGGAACUGGUGGCCGCAUCUGAGGCGAAUUUCUCCAUCGCCCUGGCCAACCUCGCCGUCGGCAACUUGACUCAUGAUGAGCACGGCCUGAGGUGGUGGGUCGCCUGCCCCCCGCAGCGCUCCAAAUCGAACCCGCUCGGGCGAGCGAGCAUCCACAUGAACGCCUACGGCGUGUGGCUCGCUGAGUCGCUGGGGGCCCUGCUGCAGGGAACGAAACGGGAGACGUUUCUGGAUGGCUCCAACACGUUACAAAUGCUAGUGGACGAGUACUGGCGGCCGGCCCUUGAGGCCCAGCUGUUGAGCGAUGCCUCGGAAGAACGGAGCGGCAAAAACCCAAGAGCCAUCCAGUUGUCUACCGUCGCCCUUGCAAGGUUGGCUCUGGGAAGUGCCUGGACCGCUCCCAAGGGCACUGAUCCACAGGUGGUGGCCGACCUUUCCAUGGAGCGGCUUGAAUCCGAGUUUGACGAUCUGGGGAUGGAGGGCAUGGCGCACGUAGCCCUCACGCUGCUGAGCUCCGAGGGUCAAGAUGGAAUGGAGCUGGUUGAGAGGGCAGUCGCAGCUUGGACGUCAAACAUCCGUGUCGGGGCCCGAACUGCCUACAUUGCUGCAUGUGAUGGCUGCGCCGCUCCAGCAGGCCUGAUGGGAAACGCCCUCGCUCUUCUGGCAAUGACCCGCGCUGGCGCCGAAACGGGCCCGUUCGGUGAAAAACUGGCGAACUACGUCGCCAGCCCGCCAGCAGGGAAGUUCGCCUAUUUCGCCAACUACAUCGAAAAGCUGGCGGUCAUGCUUGCGCUGGGAGAGUACGACGCGUCCAGGGGUUCCACCGACCCUGACCUUGAGCUGGAUGUCACCAGCGGCGAAGUCUCCCUUCUGCAGGCCGAGUUCACAUCACCGCAGUCGCCCUUGGCUGUCUCCACAACUCCCUGGGCUGCAUUGACCCAAAUGCCGGAACCGCUGGAGUUUUCAGCUGAGGGCACAGGGGAGGUCACCGUCGCAGCGUUGCUGAACUUCGUGCCCGCGGAGCCGCUCCUGUUCCCCUCAUACAGGGGCAUAUACGUCGAGCAGGCGAUUCAAUUGGUCAACGCAUCGUCCGACUUCGACGAGCCGAUGGGUGCGCCCCUGGCCGCUGUACCCCUGGGCUCCAUCGUCAUCGUCACUGUGCAGAUCACCGCGCCGGACUCUGUGGGCGCGACAACAGUGCGGGUACUGAUGCCCGGCGGACUUGAGCCCGUGGAUCCCAACAUUGCGGGGACCUCCCUAGGAGUCUGCAGCUUUCUGACGUCACUUUCGUUUGCGUUCGACUGCCCAGACCAGGAGACGCUGCCGUCCGCCGUCACGUUCCGCUACGACAGCCUGAGCGCCGGAACCCACGUGCUGCGCGUCCGGGCCGUGGCGGCCACGCCCGGGACGUUCGGUCUGCCGCCCACGGCCGCCUUUCUCAACUCCCAGCCCGAGGUCAUGGGCCUCAGCGCGGCGGGAAGCUUCGAGGUGUGCAGCAACUGCGAAGCUGUGGCCAGGGGGCCGGCAGGCGGGCCCAAGGAGUGCCCGCAGGACUGCAGCGGCAGCGGGCUGUGCGAUUUGGAUGAGGGGACGUGCCUGUGCUUCGACGGGUUUGUUGGCGAGGACUGCAGCAUGCUGGCGGAGGCGUGA